AUGGGCCUUAUUAUCCAAGUUGACACAGCCACUAUAUUCGCGUGGAACACUCUGGAACACUCUAGGGAUACGGAGGUAGUGGUUGAAGAACGCAAGAAAGUAGCGAAUGCUCUGAUUGUCCAUGAGGAGGACAACAUCACCUUUCUCGACCUCUUAGAGUAUUAUUUUGCACAAUCUGAAGACAUUCUCAAGAAGGACGAGAGGCUCGAGCUAUCAAUAAAACCGAAACGUGCAGUGGAUACGAGUUGCCUGCGUGUCAUAGAACUAUUAGUCGCUUCUGCCGAACAUAUCAAGGAACGCUGGCUGGCAACCAUGGAAAAGUGGGGGGAUGUCUAUGAAACCAUUCUCCAGAGAGUGGAGAACCUAGCUGACAUGGCAUCCACCGGACUUGGUCUACGUGCAGAGACGUUCCGCGAAGCAGGGAGAUACGGAUAUCCUGGCUCAUAUGUAUGGGCUCGGAAUACCGGCAGACGUAUCUCAGUCCAAAUUCCAGAAAGAAACUACUUACUUGUUCAGGCUGGGGUGCAAUUAGAGUACCUCAGUUGUGGUCUAAUCAAGGCGGGUUACCAUGAAGUCGUCGUUAAUGAUAAAACUAUCGUGGUCAUCGAGCAGCGCAAAAGAGAACACCCCUCACGACUUCUGAUUCGAAUCCUAUCUACUUUCCUCUGGCAUCUCUCUUCUGAUUAUGAUCUGGAGCCCAUUCCUGCUUUAGCAGAGCACUCAAGAGCGAUUCGGACUGCUUACAUCAAUCUGGAAAAGGACGAUGGAGAGGAAACAGUUUACGGACCCAUGAAAUUUGGCCAGCAGGUCCGGAA